AUGGCCAUAUCAAUACAAAAACACCAAUUGGCGUUUGAUAUUAUGAAAAUCACCUUGAAAAUGGAACAAAUGAUUGAACAUGCACCGAAUAGUAAGCUAUAUAACAUGUCAAAUGUCGACUACACAAGAUAUAUGGCUUUAAAUAAAAGAAAAUGCGAGAUGAUUGACGAACUGAAAACUUUGAUGAACAACGAUGGUGAUUUAUAA